UGUGGCACUUGGAGACCUGGUGUCCUGGAGAUAAUAAAGCUCUGUAAGCCAGAGAAGGCUGCUGAAACUGUGUCGGGGGGCGGAUCUUCUGAAGCAAUUGAAUUAUUUUUUCUACUGGACACUGGGAAGGUCUGUGGUGUGUGUCGUGCAGCUGAAGGCUAGAGACGGGUCCGAGUGUUGCAUCCUUGGAAACAGUAGGUCCCAGCGUUCUGCUGCCUGGAUGUUGCUUUGGUCUUUGAGAGCUUAACUCAAAAUUCCCUGGUCACAUGGAGGACCUCCUUGUCUGGGAUAGAGGAGACUGAAAGAUCCUUAACUUGAACUUCAGAGGGGAUAAACAUGGCUUAAACGUGAAAGGCAAAGCCCCAUUUUCCAGAGGCUGGAUAAUAGUCGCCUGAAAUCUUUAAGACAAGCGACAAGUAUUUAAGAGACCACGGAUACAGUGUUAAGUUAAGAAUCCGAAGAGUACAGCUACUGUGGCAAGAGGCCAGCCUGCCCUAUUGAAGGAAAGUGGAAGCAUAAUACUAUCCAAACAUUCAAAAUGGUAAUGCAACAGUACCUCCUAACCUACACAGGAGUAGUGUUUGCUCUGUACCUUCAUCAUAUCAUCAGAGCCAUCGAAGUUCCCCUGGAUCCAAAUAUUCAGAAUGAAUUGCCUCAGCCUCCCACGAUUACAAAGCAGUCUGUGAAGGAUUAUAUUGUAGACCCAAGGGAUAACAUCUUCAUUGACUGUGAAGCCAAAGGGAACCCCAUUCCUACUUUUUCUUGGACACGGAAUGGGAAGUUCUUCAAUGUGGCCAAGGACCCGAAGGUCUCGAUGCAACGCAGGUCGGGGACGCUGGUCAUCGACUUCCGCGGCGGUGGGAGGCCGGAGGAUUAUGAGGGGGAAUACCAGUGCUCUGCUCGAAACGAGUACGGGACAGCGCUCUCCAGCAAAAUCCUCCUGCAGGUUUCCAGGUCUCCCUUGUGGCCAAAGGAACAUUUGGACCUUGUAGAGAUCGAUGAAGGAUCCCCACUGACUUUAAAAUGCAACCCACCCCCUGGGCUGCCGCCUCCUGUUGUCUUCUGGAUGAGCAGCUCCAUGGAGCCAAUCCACCAAGACAAGCGCGUCUCCCAGGGCCAGAACGGCGACUUAUACUUCUCCAACGUUAUGCUGCAGGACGCCCAAACUGACUACAGCUGUAACGCGCGCUUCCACUUCACCCACACCAUCCAGCAGAAAAACCCUUACACGCUCAAGAUCCAAACCAAGAAUCCCCAUAAUGAAACGUCUUUUCGAAAUCACACUGACAUGUACAGUGCCCGAGGGGUUAUGGAAACGACCCCCAGCUUCAUGUAUCCCUACGGGACCUCAAGCAACCAGAUAGUGCUGAGAGGGGUCGACCUCUUACUCGAGUGCAUUGCUUCAGGAGUACCAGCACCAGAUAUCAUGUGGCACAAGAAAGGAGGAGAGCUCCCAACAGACAAAACCAAGUUGGAAAAUUUUAACAAGGCCCUUCGCAUCACCAACGUCUCUGAGGAAGACUCUGGGGAAUACUUCUGCUUAGCGUCCAACAAAAUGGGCAGCAUCCGCCACACUAUCUCAGUGAGAGUGAAGGCGGCCCCUUACUGGUUGGACGAACCACAGAACCUUAUUUUGGCCCCCGCUGAGGAUGGUAGACUCGUGUGUCGAGCCAACGGGAACCCGAAGCCUACAAUCCAGUGGCUGGUGAACGGAGAGCCCAUAGAAUCUGCUCCUCCCAACCCAAGUCGGGAAGUGGCCGGAGACACCAUUGUAUUUCGGGAUACCCAGAUUGGCAGCAGUGCCGUGUACCAAUGUAACGCUUCCAACGAACAUGGCUACCUUCUGGCUAAUGCCUUCGUCAGCGUUCUGGAUGUGCCUCCCCGGAUUCUUGCCCCACGGAACCAGCUGAUCAAAGUGAUUCAGUACAACAGGACCCGCCUUGACUGCCCGUUCUUUGGCUCCCCGAUCCCCACUUUGCGCUGGUUUAAGAAUGGUCAGGGAAGCGCCCUGGAUGGAGAGAACUACCAGAGGCAUGAAAAUGGGAGCUUGGAAAUAAACAUGGCUCGGAAGGAAGACCAGGGAAUCUACACCUGCGUCGCCACCAACAUUCUGGGUAAAGCAGAGAACCAGGUUCGUUUGGAGAUCAAAGACCCAACUAGGAUCGUGAGAGGGCCAGAAGAUCUGAUUGUAAAGAGGGGCUCCCUGGUUCGAUUAGACUGCCGUAUAAAACAUGACUCUACGCUGAAACUCACAGUCACCUGGCUGAAAGAUGAUACGCCUCUGUACAUUGGAAACAGGAUGAAGAAGGAAGAUGACGGUUUGAUAAUCUAUGGCGUGGCUGAAAAAGAUCAAGGAGAUUAUACGUGUGUAGCCAGUACUGAACUGGACAAAGACUCUGCCAAAGCAUUCCUCACCGUGCUAGCUGUCGUGUCUGCUCCAACUAAUCGUAUGACAGCCUUACCCAAAGAACGACCUGAGCGGCCUCGUGACCUGGAGCUGACAGACCUGGCGGAAAGGAGUGUGCGCUUGACAUGGAUACCCGGUGAUGACAAUAACAGCCCGAUCACAGAUUACGUGGUUCAGUUUGAAGAGGACAAGUUCCAACCUGGGUUGUGGCAUAACCAUUCCCGUUACCCAGGGAGCGUGAACUCAGCUGUUCUGCGCCUCUCGCCCUAUGUCAACUACCAGUUCCGAGUGAUAGCUGUGAACGAAGUGGGGAGCAGCCUGCCCAGCCUUCCCUCUGAACGAUACCAUACUAUUGGGGCAAGUCCAGAAAUCAACCCAACAGGAGUUCAAGGAGCAGGGACUCAGAAAAACAACAUGGAGAUAACUUGGACACCACUGAAUGCGACUCAAGCUUAUGGGCCCAACCUCAGGUACAUAGUGAAGUGGAGGCAAAGGGAAUCACGGGAGAGCUGGAGCAAUGAGACAGUGAGAACCACAAGGCAUGUUGUCUGGAAUACACCCAUCUAUGUGCCCUAUGAGAUCAAAGUGCAAGCAGAGAACGACUUCGGGAGAGCUCCAGAGCCAGACGUUAUCAUCGGCUACUCAGGGGAAGAUUAUCCCAAGGCUCCCCCCACUGAUAUUAGGCUAAAAGUUAUAAACAGCACGGCAAUCAGUCUCCAAUGGAGCCGAGUAUACCCGGAUACCAUCCAGGGACAACUUAAGGAAUACAGAGCCUAUUUCUGGAGAGAAAGUAGUUUGCUGAAGAACCUGUGGGUCUCCAAAAAAAGGCAGUCUGUGGGUUUUGUUGGAGACCGACCAAGGGGCAUAGUGUCCCGGCUGUUUCCUUACAGCAACUACAAACUGGAGAUGGUUGUAGUCAACGGGAGAGGAGAUGGGCCUCGGAGUGAAAUUAAGGAGUUCACAACACCUGAAGGAGUACCCAGUGUCCCCAGGUAUUUCAGAAUCCGACAGCCUAACCUGGAAACCAUCACUUUGGAAUGGGGCCACCCUGAACAUCCCAAUGGAAUUAUCACUGGAUACAACCUUAGAUACCAAGCCUUUAAUGGAACCAAAACGGGCAGAACGCUGGUAGAGACCUUCUCCCCCAACCAAACAAGGUUUACGCUCCAGAGGACAGACCCCAUAUCGCGCUAUAGAUUCUUCCUGCGUGCUAGGACACAGGUGGGAGAUGGAGAAUCCAUUGUGGAAGAGUCACCAGCCCCACUGAAUGAAGCCACUCCAACCCCAGCUGCAACCUCGUUGCCUACAACUACAGUCAGUCUAACCAGCACUACAACCAUCGCCACAACCACCACCACAGCUGCCACAACCACUACAACCGUCGCCAGCACUACAACCACUACGGAGAGUGCUCCGACAGCCACCAUUAAGCAGGACUUUGCCACGAAUGGAUCAUCCAUAUGGAACGUAAAAGCUUUCACUAACAGUAACUGGGCAAACAUCACCUGGAGCCACAAUUUUUCUGCUGGAACUGACUUUGUGGUUGAGUAUAUCACCAGUAACAAUACAGUGAGAUCUAUCCCUGUUAAAGCUCAGACCCCUUCCUCUGUGCAGCUGGCUGACCUGACCCCCGGGAUGACGUACCAGUUGUGGGUUUUUCCCAAAUGGUCUAGCCCCAGCGAAAACUCUUACAUAACCUUUACGACAAGCUCAGAGGUUGCUGCUUAUUUAUCUGCAUUCAAAUUGAAAUAGCCCACCUGCACCGCGGCUGCAGUAUACUGCACUCUGACUUCUCUGCCGACGCUAUUGAGCUUUUGGUUAAUCAGAACAGUGCUUUCCAGUUGUAAGUGAUGCUUAACUACAAAUGUAGCUUGAUUUAAAAAGAAGGGGGGGUUCCUUUCUUCACCCCUUAAAAACGUGGGAAGGAGGAUGCAAGUUUCACAAAAUGUGCCAGUUACAUUGGUACCUAGAAAUCAACAGUGUAUAAAAAUCAAAUUAGCAUUGGAUGCAUAUUUUUGCUGCAUGUCUUUCUGUGCGCAGUAUUUUCUCUCUCUAUAUAUAUAUACACACCUCUCUAUAUAAAUAUGUAUGCGUGCGUACGUAUGAACACACACACACCAUUGUCUACAAAAAUGAUCAAAUACGCUAGCUUACAGUACUGUUAGGACAACAUGUGGCAUCAUUACCAUACAAUUAACGUAGUAUUUUUCAUACAGUAUAAUUAUAAGAUGAGAUUUUUCAAGACCACCUAAAGGGCUUGGAUGCUCAAUCCCUGUUGAUUUUAAUGAGCAUUGGUUUCCUGGUUCUGGGCAGCUUUGAAAAUCCUACCCACAGUUAACCCCACAUGCAAAUUUUGGGAGCCAAUUAGCUGCCAUACAAGCAACAGUGCAGUGAAGCCGACUCUAAAGACCACCUACAACACGAAGCACAGUGUCGUGAGCUCCCUCUUUAAACCCAGUCCAAGAUUCAGCCUUCAGAGAAACGGCACGUGAGUUUUGCUAAUCGCCCGGUCAACGGUUUACGACCGAUUUCGCUGUCAGUUCAUAAACUUGUCAUUUUUAGUCAAAGCAUGUUUGGAAUCACAGUUUAUAAUUAAUUCAGGAAAUCCAGUGUCAGCGCAACGGUGUUUCAAAUCGAUUCCUGUUGGAUUACCCGGCUUCUUUCUUUUAUUUAGCUAAAUUGCUGGCCUUGCAUAAAGGCAGAUCAAAACAUCCUGUCAAAUUACAGCCACCCACCUAUUCCCUUUUUUCCAAACGCUGUGAUCAGUCGCUCUGUUUACUCUAAAUACAGGUUUGCUGUAGGUGUAAUUUUGGCAUCACAUGAUUUUUGGGGGGUAGGGAUGGCAAUUAUAAGCCUACUUUGACAGUAGCCCAGUUCCACUAUCCUAGUGAGAGACCCUCCUGCUACAGUCUGUUUAAAACACUCCCUGCGGUGGCAAAUCUGGCCCCAUUCCACAUAGUGGCAUGAUGCUUUUCUUUCAGGCGGUUUUUGCUUUCCGUUAAGAACCACUCCAUUUCUCAGCAUUGUUUCCCUGUAGAAAUCCCAUCCUGUUAGCAUUGCUAAUACAAUUUCCUUUCAUUUCAAAGCUCUCCGGUAUAAUUUUACUUCCCCCACCUCCACCACGAACAUUGUUACUCUAAUUCAAUUCUCAAUUCCAUUGAAUUAUCUCACCCCUUUCAUUAUAAAAACUUGCAUCUUUAAAGAGGGUUCAGCUCCCAGAGUGGGUCCUUUGGUAGAAAAGGAGCAUGCACAGAAUACCAGCUGACAGUGUUAAAGGGGGAAAUAUUUAAGCUGGCAGCUGACUCCCAUUGAAAGUCAAUGAGAACUGGACACCUAAGGACAGAUCUACGCUACAGAAGGUUUGUCAACACAGCUAUACCAGCAAACCCUCCGAGUGAAGUUGCAGCUUCUACUGACAAAAAUGUGCUAUUUCCGGUAUAUCUUAUACACAUUUCCCAACAGCUAUACCAGAAAAAGUCAUUUAUGUUGGUAUAACUGUGUCUACACUAGGGUUUUGGCUGUAUAAUAAUGUUGCCAUUUUUUUUUUUUUUUAAAGCAGCGCGCUCAACCAACACUACCAUACCAGCUAAAGUUUCUAGGGUACAACUGGUCUGACUCCUUUUUGUGCCAUUGAAAAUCUCCUCCUAAAAAUCUUGGGUCAGAUCCUCAGCUGGCAUAAAUCCAUAAUAGAGCUGUGCCAAUUCACCAUGCAAGGUUUGAAUUCCAUUUUCAUUAGUAAAAACUCCUUCCCCCCCUCCCCUUGAACUAUCCUAAUUUUUGUAGCAGUUUAGCUAGAAACAUCCACUCACUAACAUUGGGGUUUCAAUUUGAUCAGGGUUCAAUUUUUAGUGAAAGCAUGAAUUGUCAUGGCAAAAAAAGAUAUGGAACAUCCUGAAGUUGUGUUUAAAGGUAUGGAACCCCCUGGAUCUGGAAUGUUUAAAAUUAAACCCAUUUUUGACAGUGUUGACCAGUAUAUCAUGCCUCUUUUAGAUAGGCUUUUAUGUGUAGGUUUCAGAGUGUAUUUUUAGGGUGUUACUGUGUAGAGUAUCUCUAAAAACAUCAUGUUACCAUGUUUGAGUACAAUCCAAAAAUGAUCAGUUUGGGGAAUGUAUUAAGAUGGAAUUAAAGUCUGAUUCUGUGGCUUUUGCUCGUAUGAGUAGUCCCAUGGACUUCAACUGGAACACCGAUGCAAGCAAGGCUUGCAGAACCUAAUCAGGGAUCAUCCUAAGAGAGCUUCCCAACAGAACAUGCUUUCCCCCACGUUGUUCAUAUUCUGUAUCUUCAUCUAAAAUAGCUGAUAUAACAUCAGCACUAUUUGGCAGAGCAAGUCCUCCGUGACCACUUGUCAUGAAAGAAUUGGGUGAUUCUAAAAUGUGGGUAACUUCAAAGUUCUCAGGCAUUAUUUGUUGCUGACAUUCUGAAUAAGGACAUUAGAUGUGGUUUGUCACCGCAUGCGCACAGUUCCCAUUCACCUUACUUUGAAUUGAAUGCAUUCAAGUGGAAAUACCCAAAGGGAAAAUAUCCUUCCGACCCCUCCUGACUUGAAAGCCAUGGCAUCUGAUUUUGCAGUCCUUCGUGGAAUUUUGGCCUGAGUAAAAAAUUGCAGGAUGGGGCCCACAUACACUCGGUGCAAUGGCGCUUUUGCCUAACUGUGUGAGGGUUGGUCCAAAGUAGAGUUGAUUAAGUUUCUAACUGUAUGAGUGUGUUUCACUGCUUACGAUGAUCUGUGCCUAUGGAAGAUGGUACUGAGCACUAGAUAAGCUGGGUGGCUGACUGGCUCUGAGCCCUUGUUCACAUUAGAAUUUGAUAUUGUUUACCUACCUAGGUGACAUUAAACAAAUGUAGCAUAUUAAGGAUUCUGGUACUGCUUCCUCACAGCCAAUGUCAGAUGAACAAAAAAACAAACCCAAUCUAGUUGAGGAUGUUUUCUUUAUUACAAGAGAGUUAACAGCGGGCAUUCGCUAUCUUAGUCCUGUCAGAACGAACCCUAGUAAAUUCUGGCUCAGAUUUUUGAUCCCAUCAGAGUCAGAACCUGGCAGUCCCCCAUCUCUCUUGCCAUGAAUAUCUAUAUUUACACGGCAGUCUGGUUACAUUUAGCCCGCUGAUGCAAUGAAGGUUAUUCUCUGCUCGGUUUUGCUGAAUACCAGGUGCAUGUUGAUUAGGAGAGCCAGGAAAUAACAGUGAGUUGCUAUUUAUAGGCUAGAGUUUUGUUUGUCCUACUGUGUUUAGGAGCUGCAAAUACCCAUUGCCCGAACGUUGUAGGAGGCGGCUCAGGGAUUGGAGUUAAGUGUUGGGAUACUUUUCCUUGCUUAAUAUUAAAUUCUGAUGGAUGACCUUGUCGUAUGAAAUAAGCUGUGUAAUACAGAGCCCCCUCCAGCGAGGAGACAUACCAUCUUUCUGGGCUCUAGGGCCAAGACUCUUCUUGGAAUCCAAGGAUUGCUCAUCAUGGAUCUGCCAUCAGGAUCUCCACUAGGAAAUCUGCCUAGGAAAAUUCUUGGGUGCCAGAUAUAGCUCCCUGACCUCCUCACUGGCCUGGACAGGGUCAACCGAGUUCAGCACCCGUUGUGGCAGCGCCUGGUCACCACGUUUCCUCACAUCAGCGGGGACGGCUCUUUUCAACCCGGACUGGCAGAGAAUUUGACACCUUAUCAAACAAGAUAGGUUGUACCACCUAGGUACUGGUCUAUACUCGGGCAAUGCCCAGAGCGAGCAAGAGCGGUGGAGCUACACCAGAGCUGCCUUCUAAGCAAGGAGUUAAAAGUAGAGGUAGUCUGAUUAAUGGAAACUCUGGCUUGUCCUAGCUUAAGAACCAGUGCUGGAGCAACUAUACCAAAUGCUGACCUGGGGCUAUUCCCUAAGAGAUUCUCCCCAAUUCUGCCACUGCAUGCAGAGAGCACAGCAGAGUCAGGGAAUUUUCUAUAUUUAGUGCUUUGUUCUAACUGUGUGCCAGGAAAAUAAAAGCUUUUCGCUACUUCUUGGAUGAAUUUCACACCCCAUUUAUGGGGGCCGCCUGAAAUAUAGCUUUCUGCUUAUUUCCCCAUCACUGUAAAUGGAUGAUCAAAUCUGUUACCCAGCUUCUUCUGCCUUUAUUUUUAAACACCCUUCAUUAAUCUGUACUAGAUCCAUUUUAUUUAUGUUGGUUGCGAUCCUCUGCCGUGCACAGCUCCUGCCAGAAUUUUGAGUUGACAAAGCGUUAAAAAAAAAACCCAGCCCAUAUUCCCAUGUAAUCUCCGAUACAAACUGAUCAAUACACACACAAUGCAGAAACGUGGUUGUAGAGAUGGAUCGUUUGUGAACUGGUGAAUUGGGUUUUCCUAGCCCCUUGGCUCAGUUUUUUAGUUCUCUCUGCUGUUAGAUUCUGCCCUUUUUAACUAGUUUUCUUGAAAUUCCUCU